AUGAGUACAGAAUCAAAACAGCAGGAACCAGUCCUAAAGGCAUCUGAUAUUUCUGAUGAAUUGAAAGAAGAUAUAUUUAAGAUUAGUGUCGAUGCACUAAAUACUUGCGAUCUAGAAAGAGAGAUCGCGGCUAGUAUUAAACAUCAAUUAGAUAGUAAAUAUGGUAAUACUUGGCAUGUGAUUGUCGGUAAGAAUUUCGGUUCUUAUGUUACACAUGAAAAGGGUAAUUUUAUAUAUUUUUACAUUGGUCCACUAGCUUUUCUAAUCUUUAAGACCCUAUGA